AUGCAAGGGCUUAUUACCUCUUCACUCUUCAUUUCAUGUGCUCUAUCUCUCAGUCUACCAGUUGACACCGCCACAUCUCAAUUCAACAAACGACACUUCGAUCAGGCUGAUGAAUCCAAUGCCGGUGGCCAAAUUUGUGCAUCCAGCUCGCAAGUAUUCACGGAGAGUGACAUUCAAGAAACAGCUCUCAGAGCUUGUCAUCUCUUGCACCAGCAGAACUUACUUGAUGCUUGCACAGAAUGCGUUGAAGUGAGGCCAGAAUUUCCUCGAAUGUUCACAGGAAUCAUCGCCGAUGAGGUCGGUCAUAAUUUACACCAUGAUAAGCAUCAAAAAACACAUGCUCAUCCGGGUUCUAACAAUGUUCACUAUGUUUCAAUUGAUCACCAUACCGACAAUGAUCACAAAUCUCACAGCAAGCAUUUUAACGAACACGAAACUUAUUUUGUAUCAAACGAACACAAGAGGCCUGAGCACGAAAAAUAUGGCCAUGAAACGAACGUACAAAUCAAGUCCAAACAUGGAAAGCCUUCCCACAGUGAAUCCGAAUUUCAUAUUCCUCACAACCAGCACAAGUCAGGUGAAGUGUUACUUCAGUUCCCGAUACACGGACAAAAUGUGAUACAUGACGAUGUACGCAUGGUUGAACCUUCAACCUCAAUUUUGAUGACCACAUCUUGCGUUGUAGUGAGUGUGGUGGAAAUAACCAAGAGCGGGCAAUACAAUCAAUGCAAGGAGAGACCACUCUCCUCUUUAAUGCCCAUAAAUACUCACGAUCACUUUUCUCAACAGAAGACAUCUUGUGUCCAACAAGUUUGUUAG